AUGUGUAGGAAAAUUCUUCUGAUCUUUGCUUUGAGUUUUCCUUUUAUCAUGGAAAUAAAAUCAUCCACAAUUCGAAAUUCACUGGUUGAUCAUCUUAACAAUGGAUUGAAGAUUCUUGGUAAAAGUGACCAAAAGAUGUCAUCUUCAAUUCAAUCCAAUUACAUCCGAUCUCCACCAGGUAUCUCCAACAAUGUUGCUGACUUGGUCUCCCAAUCGUUUGCACCGACGAAAUUCAAUAAACAUCCAAAUGGAAUACGUCAAGACACAAUCUUGAUUGGACCACCAGAUCAUGGAGAAGAAGAAUUUCAAUUUCUGACUGAAGGUUCAUUCAUGAGUCGUUUCUUGAAAGUUCUAGGCUUGGACGGUUCAAAGCUCAGUGCAGUUGCAAUGAACGGAAUAAUAUUCAUGGCGCAGAUGGUAAGAGAAAGCGCGUCAAACGUUAUGAGCUUUUUAUUGUCAACCUCUUGGGAGUGGCAAAGGAUCAUAAAUCUCAUCAAAAAUAAAUUCACUGAAGAUAAAUACACACCACAUGUGAAAAUACCGCAAUUAAAUAAACCUUCAUAUCUUCCAAGUUGUCGUUUCGGUAUGACACCUUGUGUAGAAUAA